CCUCCCUCUCUUCCACGUGAAAUCUCCGGUUGUGACAAGCGCGGAGCCCCCUGGCGCCCAAUGGCCGGGUGCUGCUCUGUGACUGUCUCUCUCUCCCACCUCUCCUUCUGGAUAAGAUGCUGACUGCACAGAGCUGACUCAUGGACAAAGUGGGGCCUGACACCCCCCUCCCUCCCCUUGGGUGAGGGGGGGAGGGGUGGGGGGGGCUUCCCUCUGCACCCCGGCAGAUGCCAGCUCUCUGGCCAAGCUGCGGGUGCCCAGCUCGGUUUGUGCCAGCUCUCAUUAGGAGCUUGGCACCGUCAGACCACUAACCCAGUGAGGCUGGGCAAAGGGGCGCAAACGGACUUUUCCGCCGAAAGAAACAAGCCCCUGGAAGCAAUCCUGGGCACACGUGAUCUGGGAUCUGGGAUCCAUAGCAGCAGGUCCUCGAUCCCUCCCUCCCUCCCUCCUUCCCUGCUUUCGCCUCUGUGGCUGGGAAAAGCGCGGGUCUCGAAGUUUCAUACUCCAAAGAUGAACACAGGAAGAGAUUGAGCUGCCAAGCCCCAGCGCUGCACAGGAAGCCACUGGCACGGUCAGGGGGAUCUUCACUCGUCCUCCUGUCAGCUCCAGGCUGCACCAAGUCUCCUGGCUUUGUAGACAAGCUUCACUUUGUCCCUCCGCCCAGCCAGUCCUGAACGGAACACCAGACCGAACAGCAACAGACACACACACACAAACCGGACAGCAAGGAACAUCGAAACAUCUCACCGAUGUCGAAGAAACGAAAAACUCUUGAAGGAUCCCCGGUCUCAGCAACCUCGCCAUCUUUCGACGCUGGCGAUCAAGGUCUGACUGAUGAUAAAGUAAAGUCGUACUUAGCCCUUCAUUCAAAUGUACUUGAUGAAUAUGUAGCAGAAAGCGUUCCUACUGAAACUUUGGAAAGAUGGCUGAUGAAAAAACAGAGCAAGCAAGAUGAUAAAGCCAAUUUCCAGAAUAUUAACAGGUACCUGGACUCUAACAUGCAAGCAGUGGUCUAUGAAUUAAACUCCAGUGUAGAACAGCGGUUGGACCGUGGCAGUGACAACCAACUACUCAUAUUUGAAUUGUGUAACGUCAUAAAAACAGCUACGAUGGCUGAUGGAUUUUCAUUAUAUUUUGUGGGAGAAUGCAACAAUUCAUUGUGCCUGUUUACAUCAGCUGGAAUGAAAGACCAACAACAACAGAAGCCUAUUGCUGUUGAACCUGCUGGAUUUGGCAUUACAGUGGCAUCAUAUGUAGCUAAGUUCAGGAAAACACUGUUAGUACAAGACCUUGCUGAGGAUAGUCGAUUUCCUAGGGGGAUAUCAUUGGACUCAAAAUCUCCGAUUCAGUCUGUCCUUUGCUUACCAAUCGUUACGGCCAGCAAUGACUUGUUAGGUGUUUUGGAACUGUACCGACAACGUGGCAGAAAUCCUUUUGACAGUGACCAACAGCAGAUUGCCACUGCAAACUUAGCGUGGGCUUCAGUGGCAAUACAUCAAGUUGAGAUUUCCAAAGGUCUUGCCAGACAGAGUGAAAUGAAUGAUUUUCUGCUUGAUGUAUCCAAAACCUAUUUUGAUAACAUACUGGCAAUAGAUUCUCUGCUUGAACACAUCAUGAUAAAUGCAAAAAACUUGGUGAACGCAGAUCGUUGUGCGUUCUUUCAGGUGGAUCACAGUAACCAAGAGUUGUACUCAGACUUGUUUGACAUCGGUGAAGAGAAGGAAGGAAGACCGGUUUUCAAGAAAACCAAAGAGAUUAGAUUUUCAAUUGAAAAAGGAAUUGCUGGGCAAGUAGCACGAACAGGAGAGGUACUUAAUAUUCCUGAUGCCUAUGCAGAUCCUCGCUUCAACAGGGAAGUAGACCUAUACACUGGGUACACAACACGAAACAUUCUGUGCAUGCCUAUCGUCAGCCGAGGGGUUGUCAUUGGUGUUGUGCAAAUGGUGAACAAAAUGAAUGGAACUGCCUUUACUGAAGCAGACGAGAACAACUUUAAAAUGUUUGCUGUUUUCUGUGCUUUGGCCUUACACUGUGCAAAUAUGUACCACAGAAUCCAACAGUCAGAGUGCAUUUAUCGGGUCACAAUGGAGAAGUUGGCUUACCAUAGUAUUUGCACUAAUGAAGAAUGGCAGGGCCUCAUGAGAUCUGUACUGCCUAAAUCUAUUGCUAACGACAUUGACCAGUUCCAUUUUGAUAUCACUCCCUAUGAGGAUCUCUGGCCAACAAUUUUUGUUUAUAUGAUUCACAGCAGCUGUGGAAAAAACAGCUUUGAUCUGGAAAAACUGUGUCGCUUCACUAUGUCAGUAAAGAAAAACUACCGCCGUGUGCCCUACCACAACUGGAAGCAUGCAGUCAAUGUGGCACAUUGCAUGUAUAAUAUCCUGCAAAAGGUUCAAGGGACAUUCUCACAACUAGAGCGGGAAGGUCUUCUUGUGGCUUGCUUGUGCCAUGACCUAGAUCACAGAGGUUACACAAACAGCUACCUGCACAAGUUUGACCACCCACUGGCUGCCUUAUAUUCCACCUCCACCAUGGAGCAGCAUCACUUUUCGCAGACUGUUUCUAUUUUGCAGUUGGAAGGGCAUAAUAUUUUCUCCAGUCUGAAUGCUGAUGAUUAUGAGCAGUUGCUUGAAAUCAUUCGGAAAGCCAUCAUUGCAACUGAUCUUGCACUAUAUUUUGGAAACAGGAAGCAGAUAAGCGAUCUGCUACAGGCAGGAGCAUUGGAUAUCAACAAUCAAACUCACAGAGACAAGGUGAUUGGUUUAAUGAUGACAGCUUGUGAUCUCUGCUCCGUCACCAAGUUAUGGCCAGUUUGCAGGGCAACAACUGAUGAUAUUUAUGCUGAAUUCUGGGGAGAGGGUGACGACAUGAAAAGAAUGGGAAUGCAACCGAUCCCUAUGAUGGACAGGGAGAAAAAUGAUGAAAUCCCUAGUGGCCAGGUUGUUUUCUUUACUGGUGUAGCCGUGCCUUGUUACCGUACACUUUCAGAGGUCUUCCCAUCAACCUCUCAACUGCUCGGGUCUUGCAGGGAAAACCUUGCUCAAUGGGAGAAGAUAGCACAAGCAAGUCAAACCUCACGAGAUCAGGGCCAGGCUGCUUCCUCAAACAACGCUUCUAUAUAAAUUGAGAAUUGAUGGAAUUGGUGCUCUAUGUUGAAUGCUCCACUCUUAAGUGUUUGAUACUGAAUUGGGAAGAGACCUGUUACUGUAGGUAAUACAAUGGCAUUACCUCAUGAGUUCCUGACAAACAUGGCUCCCACUCUAGCUAACAAUACAAGUCAUUUGGAGGAACAGUUUUUAAAAGCAUCAGAUCUAGCUGCCUUAGCAAUUCUGUUGUGUUUGAAAAUGACUGUUUUUUCAAAGACAGCAUUUGCUCUUUCUUGUAUGCUGUAUUGCUGUGGCCUUAAUAUUUACUCUGAGACAGGCAGGUACUUUCCAUGUUAUUUUACACUUGUGUAGCACCUUCAAAUGUUCUGUCUGGGUGUGAUAUUAUUUUCAUCAAAGUUUACAUAUUAGUAUGAAUGCUACAAGAAGAUAGAAUUAGACUGCAUUAUAGUAGUUGUGGUCUGACAGUAACAGAUAUUGUUGAAAUACUAAAUACUUGAACCAAUGACCGCAUGCAUCACUGAUGCCAGUUGCAAAAAAUACUAACAUUUCACAGCCAUUCCCAGGUAAUCGCUACUUUUAAGGGAAUGGCAAAAUAUCUGAAGAAAUUCAUAGCCGCAUCCCUGUUGGGGAUGUAAAUAAGGCACAUUAUGGAUUACAAAACUACUUUGAAAAGCCAGGUGAAGCAGUGCAUUUCACCAGCCCUAAAAUACACUGGUUAAGGCACUUAGUUUUCCAUCAUGAACUGGAGCAGUAGUUGUGAUGAACAACAAUAGAGUGAGUCUGGAUGUAAAAAAGAUCUGAACUUGAGUUUGGUAAAUAAUUUACGAAAAAAAAUACUAGUGAUCAUUUGCUAUAUAUCUGAACAGAUAUUUAUUGGUUUAUUUGUCUCCAAGAAUGUAAUGAUGGCAAGAAAGAACAAAACAAUAAUAAUGCAGUAAAGAAUUCUCUAAGAUCUACUUGUCUGCAUUGGUGAUACGGACUACAAAUUUGUUAAAAUCUUUUCCCCCUCUUUGUUCUUCAAUGGGUGAGGCAAUCCAGAGAUGGAAGUAGAAAUUUGCCAUUUUAGUCACUGAAUGCCAUUCUUGAGUUAUAUGGGGUGUCUCAGUAUAGGAAGCACCAAAUGAUUUGCAUAGAUGCUCUACAGUCAACACUCCACCAGUUAAUUAUACCACCACAAUUAUUUUUGUAGCUAAAGUAGUUGUGUUAUUGAAUCCCAACCAGAAGAUCCAAUAUCUGAGUAUGUUUCAUCUGACCCUAGACUUAAGAAACCUACUAAAGCAAGAAGAGGCAAGUGUGAAACCAUCUGACUGUCACACGAGAAGUGAACUUCCUGUUAAUAGAUCAAAAGUUAGUGUCAGUGUGAUAGUGCCUGCACAGGAGACUUCCUCCAGAAGUGUCUGACUUUUAUGUAUUCAUCAUUCACUUACCUGAGUAUCAUGGGGCACUUAUAAAUGACAAGACAACAGCACCUACAAAUAACUACUGAAAUUGAGUAUUAAGUUUGUGCAGUUAAAAUAUAAAAGUACAAUUUAUGUUCACUAGUUGAUUAGAUGAACCUAUUGGAGUAAACCAGAAGUACACACUCCCUAAGACUUUAUGGCCCUAUGAUGUCUAACACUCCUGAAUGAUGCUAACAAACUUUGCAAAAGAAAUAUUGGCAAUAUGGUCUGGAGAGAGAUUUGCACCCUUCCUCAUCUUCUGAUAAUUAGAAAAGAGAAACAUUGAAACUAAUUCACACAUUACAUAGACCGUUAGGACAAUCCUUGCAUAAACAACUUGCGAUUAUUUGUAUCGACACAUUGAUCAUUUCAUCAAUGAUAUGAUAUGGAAAUAUACCUGCGAAAUGAAGGAAAUCUUUCAGAUUGCAUUGAAUCAUCUGAACUUCAUUUGCAUCCCUUAUAACCAUUGUGGAAAACCAUACCAUUGAGCUGUAAGAUAUGUAAUGGACCUUUGAAAAUACUUCUAAUAUUAUAGUAUAUUGCACUAGUCUAUUCAAGAUUCGAUCAAUACUAGCUUUAGUCUCUUCUGGAAGUUGUAGAGGAUUUUUUUUAUACUUUCCGUGUGCUUAUUAUAAUGGAAUGCUUUGUGUGCAUGUAAUAUGUACAAACAAACUGGAACUUUGUAGCAUAUUAGCAAUUAUGCCUGCUGCCUAAGCAGCUUCAACAUCACAUGUAAAUACAAGAAACUGCUGACCAUCCACUUAAGUUUUAUUUUGAAAUGUCAUGUUUCAGUGUAACAAAUGUUAAUAUUUAGGCAACUGUACUGUAAGUGAUUUUGGUUAUGUAUAUUUACAAUGUAACAAGAUGUUACUGUAAAUUAAUUUUUACACUGAAUAUAGUACAUUUGAUUUUUAAAAAGUCCAAAAUUUUGGAUGGGCUUUUCUAUUACUAGAGAAGUAAUUCCAGUGUAGAUACAUGUCAAGUAGUUAUGGGAUAUCGUCUGUAAGAGGAAAAAUAUGAAAAAGACUGCAAGUGCAAUAAUUUUGAGGUGUCUUAAUUUUUGUUUAUAAAUUAUAAAUAUUGUAUAUCUUCCGUAAGUUUUUCAUCUAUUCAUUUGCAGUCUUUGUAUGAAAAAUAUUAUGCUCAUGUUUGUACUAUGGAGCAUUUAAAACCAUUUAUUAUAUCUUUAUUUAUAAAUAAAUGCUCAAACUACCUAACUACAAUAAGGCAAUACCAGAAUUUCCAGUAACCGUAUAAUUGCUGACUAGUGUCAAGUAUAAUAGUGCCCUAAGUUUCCCAUAAAGAAAACCUCAUGCAGUUCAAAAUCAGUCUAACGCACAAAUGCAUUUUGA